AUGCUAUCUAGAUUGUGUGCAUAGAAAUUUACUACAUAAAUUCAAGGAGUUCCGAUAAAAUUGUUGGAAGCAAUGAAGUUUGACAUCUCAAAAGUGUCAGAGGAACGAUACAAAAAUAUAAGAACUCUUACUUGUUAUCUAUAGGAUCGAUUACAUGACAGUUAAUUGAUGGACUUUGUUAGAGAUGUUGAGUUAAUAAAAGAUAAAGUGCAUACUAACACUUUACAAUUGAAAUCUAGUAUUUUCAGACUUUUUAAUCAGUAUCAAGUGUUAGAUCUUGUACCUUUGGCCUUGAGAAUCGACUUGUAAGAAUUGCAACCAGAGCAUUUUUAUGAUGAUUUUGACAGAAUUGAAACAGAGAUCAAAAGUGAAUACAAUUGUUUUGUUCAGAAUAGAGCAAGUCUGUUCCAACCAUAGAAUAAAAGUCUAACUGAUUUUAUUCAAUUUAAACGUAAAUACCAUAGAUUGAGAAUCGAAGAAGAUGAAAGAGUACCUGCUUUCACAUAAAUAAUGGACGAUGGUUUGAUAAACACUUUAUUGCCAAAAUAAGAAUUGGAGUCAUACGAUACAAACAGCAAAGAGGUUGUUAUGAAUCAAUUGAUAUUGGCCAGAAAUUCUAGAUUGAUGAACAAACAAAUCAAGUAGAAUAAUGAGAGUGAACUCAGAACUCCUUUGUAAUUAAGAUAGGUUGAAAGUGUUGAAGAAAUUAAGGAAACCAAUUAAGUUUGCUUAUAUAAUUUACCAUACAUAUUGGAUGAGAAAUUUAAAUAGGAGUGCAAAGAGUACUUUGAGUCAAGAUUUGGUGAAAUAGAAUCUAUCGAGUAUUUUGAGUAUUCUAACUUCAAAAAGCAAAUUGAUCAAAUGACAACCAUUAAUAAUCAAAAUGAGAACAAAGAUUUCUAUUAAAGCUUGGAUCAAUUGAGUUCUACAAAGAAACUAUUGGAGAGAGUAAAAGUAAAUAAGAAUAAGAAAUUAUAUAAAUCAUAUGCAGUGAUCAACUUCAAAAACAAAGAAUCUAAAUUAAAUGCCCUUUAUUAAGACUUGAGAAUAUUUGGCAUUAAAUUUAAGGACUUAUAAUUAAGAAUUGAUGAUGCAGACCAUAAAAAACUCCUUUAUAUCAAUAAUUUAUCAAAAUUUUCUAUUGUCAAAUAUUUGGUUGAAUUCCUGAACAUGCAUUUGGGUAUUCAAUUUGAACCACUUGAUGAAAGAAUACAAUUAUAGAAUAAUAUUGUAUGUUUAAUCUUAAAAGACUUUAAAGAAACCCAAUUAGCCUUUAAUAAGUUGAACGAUUUAACAUUUUCAAGAUUUAAAAUGAAUGUAUUUCACUAUCCUGACGGUUUGAAGUACAUGGGUAAUAGAAUAGCAGAGCACUUCAAUAGUAAUAUAGCUCUUCUGAUUUUGGAGUAGAACUUAUCUAAAUUGCGAUUUGAAAUGGAUGAAAACUGGAAGGACGUUAAAUUUGAAACUGAAUCAAGAGAUAUAGUUACUAAAGAGCCUUAAUACCCUAUUAGUUAAGAAAUCCAUUCAACAGAUAUGCAAUAAUGUAUAAUCGAAAUGAUUGAGGAUUCUUAUCAAGAGGAGGAAUUUCAAUUAGAGCUCUUUGGCUUGGUUUGGGAUGAAGAAGCUCAAUACUGA